AUGUGUUGUUGGCUUGCUCGUGCAUGCAGCGGUGACGUCGAUAGUGUGCUAUUGCAACCACACCAGGUAUUGAUCUCCCAUGAAGACGCUAUCUUACACUCAAUCAAGCAAUUAGAUCUCACGCGUGUCCAUUUCUCAUUGAAUACUUGUAACUUCGUCUUGGAGUGCAUCAUUGACCGUCGUCAUUUAUCCACUACUGGAAGCGGUAUGCUGAGUCAAGGACGAAUCCAAUUGCAUCCAUGGGUUUUGGACAGUAGUAGACAACUUGAAGACACUUUUGCAACACUAAAGAAAGUCGAAGUUCCAGCAAACAAAGUGACGUGGCGACUCUCGUUGAAUCUGCAGUUUAAGUUCCCACAUAGUGCAAAUGUUGGAAGCGAUAAUUGUGGACUGGAACUUGGCAACACACGCAUUGACUUGUUACCACAGAGCAUUCAAAAGCGACAGAUUGAUUUAGAAAGAGUGAUACACCGCCAGUUGCGUGUUGCAGGAACUGUUAGAGCACCUGAAGAAGGACAACUUGUACCUGUGAGGCUACUAGGGGACACGUAUAUCUUUCGGAUCAAUGAGUUGAUGAAGAACAAAGAAUCAGCGAUGAGAUCACAUAUUUCGGUGAGAGGAUGGAGUGUGGUAGAGGUGGAGAAUGACACACAGGUAGUAAAAGAGCUGGCUGAGAAAGUUGCGGUGCUUAGCAUACAAGAGGAGGAUCACAUUAGGGAAAUAGGUUUGUCGUACAAGAGCGAGAUGGCCACGCGGCUGUGGAGCACUGGAUUUGCAGGAUACACCGCAUUUAUGCAAGACGUACUGCUCAACCUUGCCCUCGUCUUGAAGCGUGGGCAGAAGACGCUUGGCGACAAUAUGGAGAUGGAGCAGAUUGGAUCACAUGGAAUACUGAUCUCGGGUGUGCAUGGUGUAGGAAAGUCCUUGGCACUUGUUGCUUUGCAGCGUGAACUUGUUCGUGAGAAGAUUGGUACAUGGAGGAUCGACGGUAUGCCGUUGCUAAUGGGGGCGGAGAGCCCAUCGUUUUCAACGGCAUACGAGUAUUUAUGCCACGAGUUAGGACAGCGUUUUCCUGAGUUAGAAGCGUUAGUUGAUGCCGAGGCGGAGUGCAGACCGGCCUUGUGUGUUGGUGUUGUGCUUAUUGAUGACUUGGACGUGCUUUUCCAAUCGGCAGAUGGUCAAGUUGCCGAUGGUUCCGAGGCAAAGCUUCCACAACUUGGCAGUGCAUUACUACGAUUGAUUGACGAGCUCAGCUUGCGUAAUAUACGUUUAGUUGUGGUUGGAACGACCGUGAAUGCUGAUGUGAAUAUGCCACCUGCUGCUAAGCGUCUGGGGCGAUUUGGCAAGGUUCUGGACUUGAUCAUCCCUACUGAGCAGUCCCGCCGUGAUAUCUUGCGGCGGCAUCUUAUCGGGCUGCCACUACGAGGCGAAACGCAAGCUAAAGCUAACGAGAUUGCAGGAAGUCUCGCUUCUCGUUUGGCAGUAUUGACGGGGGGAUACGUCGCGAAAGACCUAGUGCGUAUCUGCCGAAAUGCGGCCGCCCAAGCGCAUGCUGAAGUCGCCAAUAAGGGUAAUUUAACAAAGCCGUCAGUCGGAUGGAUCGAGUUGCUGCGCGCUCAGCAGCAGGUCAAACCUUCACAACUUCGGGAGCUGAAUGUGGCAUCACCUAGUGCGUUGGUGGAUAGAAACAUGGCUUUUGCUGGCUAUGCAGCCGUACAGAAGAAACUUUACGAUUUUGUUACAAGGAAAUUCCACCCGUCUGCGGCGAUGAACCGUUUGGGAGUUUCGAGCGCGUCAGGAAUUUUGCUAUCAGGCCCGUCAGGUUGUGGUAAGACAUUGCUUGUGCAGACACUGGCAGCUCAAGCCCAAGUCAACUUUGUAUCAGUGAAGUCAUCAGAGUUACUAUCCAAGUAUUUCGGCGAUAGUGAAAAAGCGGUGCGCCAGCUAUUCGCUCGAGCACGUGCUGCUUCACCUUGCCUCUUGUUUUUUGAUGAGUUUGAUUCUAUCGCCCACAAACGAUCUUUCGGCGAGGGCGAUGGAGGCAGCAGUGGAGGAGGAGUCUAUGCACGAGUUCUUUCGACAUUCCUCAACGAAAUGGAUGGUGUAGGCUCACAGCGAGUAACUCCAUCGUCAAUUGCACACGCUAACGAAUCAUCUGCAGCGGACAGCGGCGGUAUCCUAGUGGUGGCCGCCACAAACAGAAAAGACGCACUGGACGCUGCUCUCAUUCGUCCUGGACGAAUUGACAAGAUUGUCGAGUUGGGAUACCCGACACAAGAAGAUAUUCAGGAAAUUCUUACUCUUUACACGAGGAGAAUGCCUCUAGCAGCUGACGUGGACAUCCAAGCACUUGCUGCGAGACCUAGAGGGUCUCGCUUGUUUACGGGUGCUGAUAUAGCAGCAAUCUGCAAAGAGGCCGCCUUCCGCACCCUUCGUCAAGAUAUUGAAGCAAAGACAGUCGAUUUCCAACAUUUCAUAGCCGCAUGGGAUCAGCGGGCUGAAGAAAUCCCGACAUACACGACGCCAGUCACAAUAAACCCGGACUACUCCACUCUCAACCAGUAG